AUGAUAUCGGCCCGGGCGCUGCAUUAUGUGUUUAAGAUUGGUAACCGCGCGAAGAACAUUCACUUCUUCCGCGAAAUACUUGGCAUGAAGGUGCUACGUCACGAAGAGUUUACGGAAGGUUGUGAUGCCGCUUGCAAUGGACCAUAUGAUAAUCGAUGGAGCAAAACGAUGAUCGGUUACGGACCGGAAGCGUCCCAUUUCGUAAUCGAGCUCACGUACAACUAUGGCGUAAAAGAGUACGCUCUGGGAAAUGAUUUUGCCGGAAUAACGAUUGCGUCUCCGGAUAUAGUGGAGCGUGCCCGUGCGCAUGGAUACCCGGUAGAGCAAGGUGCUGCUGGCCAGCCGUCGCUACUCCGCUCACCGGACGGUUACCGGGUGUUUGUGGUGCCGGAAGCAACCACGGCGGAUCCGGUGCAGCGUGUCGCUCUGAAUGUGACGGAUCUGGCCAAAUCUCGGCACUUUUGGGCCGACACACUUACGAUGGUACCGGUCGAAACCGGCACGACACCGAAUCGGCUUGAUCUUUCAUACGAUCAAGGUAAGUUUGUGCUGGAACUACGACAGCUGGACGCCGGCCAAGCACUGGACCGUGCGAAGGCGUACGGACGGAUUGCCUUUGCGGUGCCGUACAAUGUGCAACCACAAUUAGACUCAACUGAGCGAAUCCAGCAGGCGAACGGUGCUAUACUGACGCCACUAAUCACACUCGACACACCUGGCAAGGCGACAGUGCGCGUAGUCAUUCUUGCCGAUCCGGACGGGCACGAAAUAUGCUUCGUCGAUGAGGAGGGAUUCACCGCCUUGUCCGCACUCGAUCCGGACAGUAAUGCGGCCCUGGAAAGGUACAUUGCGAAGGAUCCGUUCCAGGGGCAGUGA